AUGACCAAAAAUAAUGAAGACGGCGACAGCUGCUCCGCGUGCAUGAGUCGGCCUCGCACCGUUCAGAACCAGCCAUGCGGCCACGCGAUGCUCUGCGAGCUUUGCACCUUCAGGAUCAUCGAUCCGCGGUCGCAAUCGUGCCAGUGCCCGCUGUGUCGCCGCGAGGUGACGAGCUUUAGGUUCCUGCCAUCCACCAAUGCGGGUGUUGUUCGCGCAGCAAGGAUGGAUACCUACGAGGUAGCUGCGGAUGACUCGGCUGCGCUUGACUGGCCGACGGAGCUCCGACAGGCGGCGGCUCUACUGGAGCAGGGCGAGCUGCGGCAGGCGCUGGAGAAGGCCGCCAGCGUGGUUGGUGCGCUUGAGCUGAAGCUGCAAGCCUCGACGGCAGAGCCAGAGCCCACUGGCGAGGCUGGAGCGCAGGCGUUUGCGACGCUACUCGAGUUUCUGCAGGCAAUGCAGGACAGCGACUCGGAGGAGGUGGCGGCGGCGGCUAGCACGCGAUUGUACCCGACGGCGUGA